UGUCGUGAGAAACCUCAAUACCACUAGAAGACUUUUUAAUAGGCAGAGGAGGGGCCCCUGGUUGCCCAUCAUUGAGAACUCGGGUUUAAUUUGCAUUGGCAUACUUUUGUAACAACCCCACAGACACUGGUUAAGAGGUUAAAAGUUACGAGCUGUUAUACGUUAUACUUAUUAAUCAAGCAAAAAUGAAGCUCAAACACUCAACUGUUCAUUUAGAUAGGUAAUCUAACAAAUAAUCAGUAGCAAAGAUAAACUCCAGUUUGAUAACAGCCAGCCUGUUAAAUCUGGACUGUAUGAGUGAAGUCACUUAACUGUACAGAAAGUCUUUUUGCCUAAAUAAUACAUGAUAUUUGAUGUUCAGCUGGGCACUGAGACUGGAAGACAAUGGGAGUAAGUGGUUUUAAUGGGGACAGUGUUCAUAAUGUCAUUACCACUUUGUUUUAGUGAUCAAGUUGCGCUCUAAUUGAAUUCUACCUUCUCAUUUGAGGUUUGCAGGUUUGUGUCUGUUACAGGAAAUAUCUCUUAUGUAACUCAAAGACUGUGUCACCAGCAAGCUGCAAAUUUGCGUUAUCUCUGUCCCAAAACAUAUAAAGCCCCUCCACCCGCCUUUACCUUAGUUUUAUUUGUUAUUCUUCUCGUAAACCUAUAAUCUUUAUCUGCCUCAAGAAGUAAGUGUCAUAUAUACUGUAUGUCCCUUUCCUCUGUAAGCCAAUUACAGAAUCAGAGUGCGGGGGAGGGUUUUUCUCAUUUAAGGCAGCAAGCCAGGUCAUUUAUUGUGCCCAGCCCUCCCCUUCUCAGAUUAAAUGUCAGGGCAGCAGCUCUAACAGCAGGGACACAUGCUCCUCUGGAAGUAGCUCAACCACACAGAGACACUCUCACAGCUGCAUAUACGAUGUAUUCAGCUUUUCUCAUCCUGAUCAUCUUAACUGGUAAGACUUUGUGUUGUUUGGAGUGUCAUUUCAUUAAUGGACAGCAGAGUACUGCCCAUCCUGCAUGUAUCUGAUUCUUUAACUUUUUACAUUGUUUGUAACAGUAACUUUUCUUGGACACAUCUCAUAAAGGCAUAAUACAGAUUAAGACAAAUCGGGGACCGAAAAAUGUUCAAAUGAGAGUUAUUGUUAUUAUUUCCAAUAAAAAAGAUGAAACUUGAGAUUUAAGCAAGGGAAGAAAAAAGGAAAACACAAGUAAUUUAAUGGGCUAGAAGUGUACAUAGGAUCUUUAAUGACAAUAGACAGUUUUAAUUAUCUUAAAUCCACAUUAAUCUAAUUCUAGAUUUAAAAAUAUUAUGAAACUUGAGUUUCCUGAAAACAGUAUCCUGACACUACAAGGAAAAUUAAAUGAUAAAAGCACUGCAGACAAAAAAAAAACAGAUUAAGAAACAAGAAACAAACUAAGCAGCUGUGUACAAGCUCUCAAUUUCUCUUUUUUCCAAACAAAAGUUAAAAAUGAAUGGCAAAAUAUAUUGUUUAAAAUCUAAAUUCCAAUAGAAAUCAUUUAUCUGACAACUAUUUUGCUGUAGAUGUGACUUCCUGUCAGAAAGUGUGCAGUUACCACGAUGUUCUGGACUAUCUGAACCUGACCACAGAUAACAGUGUGUUUAAACUGACGCGGCCUGUGCUGGACUACACGCACCCCACCAAAGUAGAGCUGGACAUCAUCCUGUAUGCCAUCCUGGCUGUGGUAGGUGCAACAUUACUGCAUUUAUGUGUUAUUAAUGAGCUAAAUGCUACAAUGAAGGUGGUCAUUACUGACAUCACUUUAUUUUCAGAUUGAGAAAACACAAACUUUUAUUCCCUUUGUCUGGGCAACCCUGGUGAGUUUAUUUUCUUCAGAUCUACAUUAGGUUAACACAAAGCACAGCUAAUCUUUCUGGGGUCUAUAUUAAAAAUAUAUGUCAACACAUUUCAAAACAACAUAAAACUAAAAUAAAUAAAUAUAGAAAGCACACUACAAAAAUGAUAAUUUGACAUUCAUGAUAAAGCUAAGCUCCACAGAUGUUGUUUUAGGACUUGUUAAAUUAAGCAUUGUACAUUGAUCUGUUUGAUGCAGUCUUUCAUUGGUCUAUCUGCUCUAUUCUGCACAAGGUGAAAUAAAAAACGGCCCAAUGAGGAUGCAAAUCAUGGUCUGCCUGAGACACACCUUGUGCAUCUCCGUCUUUGACUUUUCUGAUAAUCUAACCUUACUGCAGAUAUGGAAUAAUGAACGCAUCUCAUGGGACCCUGAUCAGUUUUGUGGAAUUACUCAUAUCACAAUUCCUCGAGAAAUCCUCUGGAAACCAGAUGUCUUCAUUUAUGAGAUGAUACAGACGGACGACUCCCCUCAGAGUUAUUACAUCUCCGUAGCCUACGAUGGGACGAUCACUUCUGAGGACGACAUUAAGAUUGUCAGUACCUGUAAGAUGGAUGUCCACAAGUUCCCCUUCGACACGCAGAAAUGUAACAUCACCAUUGGUUCUGCAAGUCACUGUGUAGAUGAGAUGCGACUUUCUCCUUUCUCCAACUCCUCCCGGGCCACGCAGUUUUCCCGUGAAGUGAUGAAAACACAGGGAGAGUGGGAAUUCCUCCAACUGUCCAUCUCCAAAGUCAAUAUGACCUUUGAAAAUAAACUGUGGGAAAGCCUCAUAUACACUUUCAGCAUGAAGAGGAGGCCACUCCUCCACGUCAUUAACUUCCUGUUGCCCAUCUUAUUCUUCCUAACUCUGGAUCUCGCCUCCUUCUUCAUCGCUGACCAUCGAGGAGAGAAGCUGGGCUUUAAAGUCACCGUCCUGCUGGCAAUCUCCGUUCUGCUGCUCAUCCUGAACGACAUCUUGCCCUCCAUGUCCAACAAGACCCCACUCAUAGCAACAUACUGCAUUGUGAUUUUUGCCCUUAUGCUGCUCAGUCUGCUGGAGACAAUUUUGGUUACACAUCUGAUAGAAAAAGACUCCCAAGUCAAGCUUAAGGUGAAGAAUGAACAUAAAAAAGCCAAAACUAAUAAAAGCGAUACAGGUGAGAUACGUAAAAAGCUUCUCAGAUACUGAUCACAGAUUUAGUCUAUAGUAUCAGUCUGCUAAAACAAGAAUUCAGAUCUCAGGUAACCCCUGAGAGAACCUGCAAAGGAAAAAUGCUUUAAAACAUUAAAUGCAGUAAACAUGAAAAGUGUCUGGAAACACAAGCAAACAUAUUGAAAAAGAGAACAAAAAGAAGGCGAUGAUUUGCAUGCUGUACAUUUAAUUUCAAAAGCUUCAUCUUAUCUUUAGUUAGCAGAUGUUUCAUGUUUUAAAUGUGUGUAAAUUCUUGUGACAAACCUACUGUUUGCUUUCAGAAGACAAAAGACAGACCUGCUGUUCCUGCAUCUGCAUAGUGUCCAGUGAUGAGGAACAGCAUGAGCUACUGCCUGUUGCUGAAGUGGUACAGUUUGAGCAUAUGCAUGCAGAUAUUGCAUUAAUAUGACAUGACAGCAGAGCAAAAUUGUAUUAACAUCUUUACAAGAUCUUAAUUAAUCAGUGACAACAAAACAAAUGUGUAAAUUCAUCUUGAGUGGGAUGAAUAAGAUCUUCAGAGCACACAUUUUGACUGGCCAACAUCAAAUCAGGGCUCAGAUUCCUGUUUACAGACUAAAAAGAAAAGAUACUUUGUUGUGAAGAAUACAACACAGCCUUACAGAAAUGGAAGAAAAUAACAUUGAUUAUGUUACAGUAUUAUUUGGGGAACCUCUGGGGUCCUGAUAUAUU